AUGCCAUCCUCCGCCAAAGAGCCUGCCGCGCCUGGAGUUACAGCUUCGGCAGAAGCCGAUGCUUCUCUUCCUGUACCUCCUCUCCUAAAACUGCCGCGAAACCUACGAGUGAGAAUAUGGGUCAUUUACAUGAGAGAUGAGAAGAGACUCCGGGAUUUCAGCAACUUUCUGAUGCCAAGACUCUUCCACGUUAACAGACAAAUCCGACGAGAAGCCCUUUCAGUAUUCUUCCUUCGAUGCAACUUCCGUGUCAAGGUUUCCAGCAACAUAGUGGAGUGGCACUCUUAUCUCCGGCGUAGUUUUCCUGAGAGGUGGGUUCAAUUUCUCAGAGGACGUCCCGAAGAGUCGCGCACAGAUAUUCAGCCUCGAUUCAUGGAGUGGCUUAAUCAAUCAGACGUUCAGCCAUAUGCGUUUUUUAGCAACAUCAUUUUUCAAGUCCACCCUUACGGACUCGAUCAUUUGGAGUUCAACCGCCUCGGUGACGAGGACGUCCAGAUCAGCACAGACGGCCAGCAUCUCAGACUCAGCGAGGUGACGCCAGUCGAACGCACUAGCAAUGAAGGAAAAGAGUAUUUGAAGGCUCACAAGACCCUCGAGAAGAAGGCACACGAUAUUGUGAUGCAGCGCCAAAACUUCGAUGGUUUCUCGAUAGAUGACAUCCUGGAGUUGGCAAAGACAUACUGGUAUGAAUUCUAA